AUGUCCGUCGAAAAUGGAGUUUUGUAUCCUAUGGAUCCACCUCCAGGAAUGGUCCGUGAUGUCGGCCAGGCCGCCGAGUCUGCCCCCCUGGUGGUCAUCACGGCUGUCUUUUUCCCGCUGGCAACAGUAUGCAUGGUUAUUCGAGUCUACACGAGAGCAUGCAUUGUGUGCAAGCUCUCUUUCGAUGAUUAUCUCAUGAUUCUUUCUUGGGUGUGCAACGUGUUCCUUGUUUCCUUUACACUUAAUAUGACAAACUAUGGAAUGGGCAAACAUCUUUGGAACGUUCCAUUCUCACCAGAUCUAUUCCCCAAUUUCUCCUUGAACAACCUGCUCGCGGCCAUCUUCUUUUGUGCCGCCACUGGUUUCGCCAAGGGAAGUAUUCUCGUCUUCUACCUGCGAAUAUUUCCCAUGAAAUCAGCGCGAAUCCUCAUCUGGACAGCCUUUGCUUUUAUCAUGGGAUACUCGACAGCAUCCGUUCUUGUCAACAUAUUCUCAUGCAACCCUAUUCGAGGCUCUUGGGAUCCGGCAAUUAUUGCGACUGCCAAGUGCAUCAACAGACCGGUCUUCUACUUUUUGCAAGCUGGUUUGGGAAUCUUUGCAGAUAUCCUGACUGUCUUGAUCCCACUUCCGUGGCUUAAGUCACUGAUGUUGCCCAAGAAGCAAAAGAUUGGCGUUGGUGUUCUCUUGACUAUGGGUGCAUCGGUUUGCGUUAUCAGCAUCAUUAGACUGCAAUCUCUGAGUGUUUUACUCCACGACCCAGAUCUAACUUACAACACCGUCAUGGCCUUGAUGUGGUGCGUUCUAGAAUUGAACCUGAGCAUUAUCGGUGGCUCCAUGGCUACCAUCAAACCAUUUCUCAGAAUUGCAAUCCCCCGCAUGUUCACCACAAAUUACGGCAAAUACGGCGCGAGUGCCAGUGCUGGUAUUCAUUUGGAGUCGAAGGACAGAAGCACAGGGCAUCAGUCACGAUCUUUGCAAAGUCUCAGACCUGUUCACUCUGUGAAAACUCCACAGAUAAAUCAUUUCCACGCCACCAGCACAGACGAGCUCGUCAUAGCAUAG